AUGCAAAUGAACAAUCAUUCAGUGGUUACUGAAAUUUCUCUUUUGGGAUUUCAGCACCUCAGCAAUUUCAAGAUCCUGGUGUUUUCUGUAAUUCUUUUGAUUCACCAUCUGACCAUCUAUGAAAAUUCCCUUGUCAUAGUAUUGGUAACAAUUAGCCAAAUUCUUCAUUCUCUCAUGUUCUUCUUUCUCCAACAACUCUCCUUAUCUGAUCUACUGGAGUCCAUGCUUAUAGUUCCGACCCUGCUCAGAACUUUGAUAAAUGAAGGAGCUAAAAUAUCCCUUAUUGGCUGUUUUGCACAACUUUAUUUCUUUGGUGUCACUGAAGUUUUACAGUGUUUCCUUCUAACUGUGAUGUCCUAUGACAGAUAUCUGGCCAUCUGUAAUCCUCUGUGUUAUUCUUCAAUAAUGAACCACAGAUUUUGUGUUACAUUAAUUGUCUUGUCAUGGCUGCUUUCUAUUUGUUUGAUACCAGUUAGUGUGGUUUCUGCAGUUACACAAGAGUUCUGCAACCAAAAUACCAUCAAUCAUUUCCUCUGUGAUUAUUUUCCUCUUCUUGAACUUUCCUGCUCAGACACCUUCUUGGCACAGAUAUUGGCAAUGACUGUUUCUGCCCCCGCAGUUCUUUUCCCUUUCUUGGUCAUCAUUGGAUCCUAUAUCUGUAUUGCCCGUGAAAUCCUAAAAAUAACAUCCAAUAUCGGGAGACAAAAAGCCUUCUCCACCUGCAGCUCCCAUCUGACGGUAGUCUCCAUAUUUUAUGGAACUCUCAUUGGUAUUUAUGUGGUUCCCACAAGAAAUCAAUCACAAACCAUUAAAAAAGUAAUUUCCCUUUUAAACACAGUAGUGACACCUUUUAUUAAUCCAAUUAUUUACAGCUUGAAAAGUGCAGAUAUGAAAAAUGCCCUUAAAAAUAUAACUAAAAAAAAAUAA